CUAGCGGCCAGCAUGAUGGCAGAUGAGGCCUUCGCUGGACUGGAUGAGGGAGCCCUGCGGAAGCUGUUGGAGGUCACGGCUGAUCUGGCCGAGCGGCGCCGCAUCCGCUCCGCCAUCCGGGAACUGCAGCGGCAGGAGCUGGAACGUGAGGAGGAGGCCCUGGCAUCCAAGCGGUUCCGCGCGGAGCGGCAAGACAACAAGGAGAACUGGCUGCACUCUCAGCAGCGGGAGGCCGAGCAGCGGGCUGCUCUGGCCCGCCUGGCCGCGCAGCUGGAGUCCAUGAGUGAUGUGGAGGAGCUAACCGUGCUGCUGCGAAGUGCCGGUGAGUACGAGGAGCGCAAACUCAUUCGAGCCGCCAUCCGCCGGAUUCGGGCCCAGGAGAUCGAAGCCGCCACUUUGGCAGGGAGAUUGUGUAGUGGGCAUCUGAACAGUGGUUCAAGAGAGGACAGCCAGGCCCGGGCAGCACGCAGGCUGGCACGGUGCGAGGUGCCUGAGCGAGAGGAACAGCCCGAGGGCCCCAAGCCAAGCCCAGCUGUCGAGAGCACCAGCCAGAAUAUGACCACAGUGACAGUCCUGCUACAGGCUCCGCACGGAGCCUCCCCCAGCCCACCUGCCUCGCCCAAAACUUCACCUGCUUCUGCCUCCCCGGAACCUCCAUUGGAGCCUGCUGAGGCCCAGGCCCCUGAUCCAGAAACUCUGGGCAGCCCCGAGCUGCCUCCCAGCCUGCCCAGUGGCACCAGCCCUGGGACCCAAGAGUUGCCAGCACCCCCCAGCACUGAGGAGCGGGUGGUUACCACGCUCCUGCCUGGUCCCCCAGAGCCCUCUGCUGCCCAUGGCCCCACCAGAAGUCCCUCGGACACAAAGAGAACAGGUGAGGACCUGGCUGGACCUCGUCCUUGCCAACGUUCCCUCUCUGUGCUCAGCCCCCGCCAGCUGCCUCAGAACCAAGUGCCCACCACACCUGGCAGCGGACCAUCCCCGUUCCAGCGGGCUGGCUCGGUGCGAGACCGCGUGCGCACAUUCACCUCGGACUCUCCCAGGCCAGCCGGACUCCAGCACGGCCCCUCCCGGGUGGCCCCAGGUCCCUCGACCCCUGCCAGGCUCCCAGGCUCCUCCUUCGGCAGCACCACCCCUGCCUCCUCCUCCUCCUCCUCCUCCUCCUCCUCCAGCGGCUCCUCCUUGCGGGGAACCUCCUCCCGGUCCAGCAAGGAGAAGCCAGGAACGGCCCAGCUUCAGAGCUGCCCCCGGGAGGAGGACUCCCGGGGGCGGGACUUGGCUGCCAGGUCCCUUGAAAAUGGAGCAGGGGGGGCCCGGGCCUGCUCAGAGGAGCCCAGUACCCCGCUGCCCGUGGCCGUGGGCACUUCUGAGCCAGGGGCCAGUAUGAAGACCACGUUCACCAUCGAGAUCAAGGAUGGCCGAGGCCAGGCUGCCCCGAGUCGGGUGCUGCUGCCCACAGGCAGCCAGAGGGCAGAACUGACACUGGGGUUGCGGGCGUCUCCCGCCGGCCUGAGCACUGGUGGUAAAGGCAAGAGCUCCAUCACCCAAACGGGCAACCCUGGGGCUCCAAACCGGCUGGGCAGUGUCAAGCAUGUCACCAGCUUCAGCCAUGCAUCCCCUGGGAACCGGAGAGGCUGCAGCGUUAAGGCCCUCUUCCAAGCGGCCGAGGAUGCCGGGACCCCCGUGGCCCACCCACCUGCCUUUAGCACCCGCCGCUCCUCCUCUGCUGGCCCUGCCCGCAGCAGCAGCCUCAUGGAGCCAGAGCCAGCAGAGGCCCCUGCCGCCGCAGCAGAAGUAGCCAAUGACACUCAGCAGACCCUGGGGGACAAAGCCCCCGGGAGGCCAAGCCCGCUGAGCGCUGAGGAGCUGAUGGCCAUCGAAGAUGAGGGCGUCCUAGACAAGAUGCUGGACCAGGCUACGGACUUCGAGGAGAGAAAGCUCAUUCGGGCCGCGCUGCGGGAGCUCCGACAGAGGAAGAGAGACCAGCGAGACAAGGAGCGGGAGCGGCGGCUGCAAGAGGCCCGGGCGCGGCCCGGGGAGAGCCGAGGCAACACGGCGACCGAGACCACCACGCGGCACAGCCAGCGGGCUGCCGACGGCUCUGUCAGCACCAUCACCAAGACCGAGCGGCUCGUCCAGUCCAAUGAUGGCACUCGGACUGCCCGGUCCACCACAGUGCAGUCGAGCUUCGUGAGGCGCUCAGAGAAUGGUGGUGGUAGCACUGUGGUACAAACCAAGACCUUCUCCUCCUCCACUUCAUCUUCCUCCUCAUCCUCCUCCAAGAAGAUGGGCAGUAUCUUCGACCGCGAAGACGAGACCAGCCCGCGGCCAGGGAGCCUGGCGGCGCUCGAGAAACGCCAGGCGGAGAAGAAGAAAGAGCUGAUGAAGGCGCAGAGUCUGCCCAAGACCUCGGCCUCCCAGGCGCGCAAGGCCAUGAUUGAGAAGCUGGAAAAGGAAGGCAACGCGGCGGGAAGCCCCGGCACUCCCCGUGCUGCUGGCGUGCAGCGCUCCACCAGUUUCGGGGUCCCGAACGCCAACAGCAUCAAACAGAUGUUGCUUGACUGGUGCCGGGCGAAGACGCGUGGCUACGAGCAUGUGGACAUCCAGAACUUUUCAUCAAGUUGGAGUGAUGGCAUGGCCUUCUGUGCCCUGGUACACAACUUCUUCCCGGAGGCCUUCGACUACGGGCAGCUCAGCCCACAGAAUCGGCGCCAGAACUUCGAGGUGGCCUUCUCAUCUGCCGAGAUGCUGGUGGACUGCGUGCCCCUCGUGGAGGUGGAGGACAUGAUGAUCAUGGGCAAGAAGCCCGACCCCAAGUGCGUCUUCACCUACGUGCAGUCGCUCUACAACCACCUGCGGCGCCACGAGCUGCGCUUGCGCGGCAAGAACGUCUAGCCUGCCCGCCCACCCGCAGCAAAAAGCCCCCACCAUGCCAGGCACUUGGCCCCGCUGUGCGUCUGCCCACCGCUGCCCCGUCCGGCCUGACACUUUCCCUCGCAUACACACGCAGCGUUUUGAUAAAUUAUUGGUUUUCAAUGA